UGAGAUAUUCCAUGAUUGAACAUACAAUUAGCCCGGAGGUCCGUGAAUUUACCAUUUUAAAGUUAUAUUCGCACUCAAGGGGUAUGUGAACCGGUAUAGGACCAAGCAAACAAAAGUCUAGAUUAAACCACACUUAUAUUUACAAAACAGUUGGUAUGGUGUUAACGAAUCAGCCGCGCAAUCAGGUCGAUGUGCUGUUGCCCGACAGACCUCGCUCGGCGUUCAAAUGGGAAUUGGGGACACAAGAAAAUCAGGACGAUCCGGAAUGUCCUGAAGAGUUGCUGGAGAACAAACGACACCUCAGUCCUUGGAAUCCGACUUUCAAUGAAGCUGAUGUCAGACUUCGGAAGAAGAUGAUCCAGCAAUGGUUCAACGAAUCAAAGAAGGAGCUCUGUGACUGUGGCUGUGGAGCUGCUGUCAGUCUGAAUACCGAUUUGCACAACAAACACAACCGUGCACUCACGCCGGUAACACUCAACAGGCCACAUAUCCAACGGACCAUGUCUACAAGGAGUGUGCGUAGUGCGACCCCCACCAAUCAAAGCCGGUUCAGGCGGCAACCUCUAAAGCGGUCGAAUUCAGUCCAGGUGGUUACGGCUACGGAUGACACUGAUGAGCCCCAUGCCAUGCCACAUCAAACAAAGCAAUGGUUUGAACGCGUCGGAGGCUCGAAGAAAAAUGAUAGGGAGACGCAAUCGCUGACGGACCUGUUCGCGAGCUCGGUUGUGUUUGUAUCAGCUACCCGGCCCGGUGGCCUGCUUUACAUCGCACGCACUCCUAUUAGACGCGAAUGA